AAAGAAUAAUCUGCCAACUUCACCGCCCAAGUUAUCAUCAUGAACCAUCCUGGGCAGAUCGGAAACGGUUACGCCCCUGUCCUUGACUGCCACACCUGUCACAUUGCUGUGAAGUUUGCUGAGAUCCUAACCAAGAUUGACAGGCGGUCUGGUAAGGAACUGGAGAAGGAGCCCAAGUUCCUGAAGAACGGUGAUGCUGGUAUGAUCAAGAUGAUUCCCACCAAGCCCAUGGUGGUGGAGACUUUCUCAGCGUAUCCUCCACUUGGUCGUUUUGCUGUGAGGGACAUGCGCCAGACCGUUGCUGUGGGAGUUAUCAAGAACGUGGAGAAGAAGGAUCCCUCUGGUGCUAAGGUGACCAUAUCUGCUGCCAAGAAGGGUGGCAAGUGAACC